AUGUCAGGUGACCCCACUACCCAUCCCUCGGUGACCGCGGAACACUCGUUGCACGUCCGCCGUGAUCCAUGGGUCAAUUCCGUUACUUAUUCUUUCAAUGUUAGCAGGCUAAGGACCAAGCACAAACGAAUACAAUUCUUGGUGCCUGUGGCAAUGACGGGACAAGUAGGACACUCCCUGGGAGGCGCCCUUGCGGAGCUUGAAUGUAUGUCCAUACUCACUUUCAAUUGCAAGGGCGCGGGAUACUCAGCUGGAAUUUUUGGGCGUGACAUAUGGGCAUACCUACCAACCCUCGUCCCUGUCGAAGUCUCUGAACCCCGCGCAAAAGAAUGGUUUCGCUCACUCUUAAGUGGCGUCAACUUCUUGCACCCCGCAACCAGAAAACUCACCCAACCAACGCCAGAAGUGAAGGCCCAAGCAGGAGACGAAUCCGACAAAAGUGAGCAGAAUGUCGGCCUACCAGAUUGUCCUGUGAAUGCUACGCUCACUAUGAGUAAGGGUAAAGUCGAGCAACGAGAAGCUCGCCGGCAAAGAAAAUCGCAACCGGUGUCCGGACAGCCAGGGUCAUCGCUGCAAGUUGUGGUUGGAGACACUCAGUGUUUGCAAGCCACGGAAGGUUCACCAUAA